AUGCUCGCCCAUAAAAUCCUGGUCGCUUGGCUGCUCAUCCUGCAGACGGCCGAGUCUCAGCAGAGCCUAUGGAGGACGCCAGAGCUCCUGGAAAAGCUCCCUGCCCAGGGCGAGUGCCAAGGGGGUGGGCUCCCUGCCGGUUGCAGCACAGGGCGCCUGCGCGGCUUCGACUGGAGGACGUAUUUGGGUUUGCUUUGCAGCGAGCUGCCGCGUUCACUGGCACGACAGGCCAUCCUCCAGGCUUUGGCACAUUUCGACGCAGAGAAUGCCAGAGCUUGCCCCGAAGGCUUUGCUGUGACAAUCUUGGCUCUCUAUGGUGCAGGAGCAUCUGAGUUUGAAGACCAAGUCAUUCGGUUCAAGCCGGAUGGAUCAUCCCACUUUUUGAUUCUUGCAUGGAAUCUUCAGAAAGGAAAGGCGGUUUUGGACCACUGGUCCACAUCGCUUCCUGCACAUGUGCCGCUUUCACCACCGUGGCCACUUUGGACGUUUCCUGGACCUCUCAAGUUUUUGCAACAGGCGCAAGACCUGUCGCAGCUCAAGGAAUUAGCGCCCUCUCUCCGUUGUAAUGAGCUCGCACUGGCAUCGAUCGAGUGUGAGUCAGAAGCACCGCUUCUUCAGGCGCUUUGCGCCCAUUGCGAGACCAACUUGCCAUGCACGUACAGUGAAGACUUACUGCAGCACUUGUCUCGAGUGGUGCAGGCAGCAGAUGGGCUGAAGCGAAAAGCCAAGCGGCCCCGCUGUGGGCACGCGGUGCUGGCAGCAUUGCUGGCUUUGAACGGUCGCGGCUCUGCCGCCGCACCUCGCACUGAUUCGGAACUUUAUCGAGUCCGCAGCGACCAAGAAACGCUCGUGAUGCACAGUACAUUCAAGCGAGUGGCGCAGGAUCCUGACAGGAUGUUUGCAUUCAACGUUCCUCUGAUGGACCUCUCACCGUUUCCAUUUCACACCUCUAUGCUUCGGAGUGCUCGAGCAGAACGGCCAAGCACUCUCUAUCAGGAUGCAGUCAAGGCGGUUUCCCAAUCUCUUCAGCGACAUGGAAUUUGGCACGCUGUAGUGCCCGGAGAUGCCUCGCUUCUUGCACCAGCUCCAGCCGGAGUGGUUUCGAUUUUCUUGCCAGCUCUGAGCAUGUUGCAAUUGAGUCCAGAGGAUUGGAUGGUAGCCGACCUCAACCGCGAGCUGCUCGGACACUGGCGCCUGGUUCACGUGUCUCGAGGCUUGUGGCAGAUUGGUGAAGAGCCGUAUCGCUUCAGCCCACGAUCCGGUGUGGCUUAUCGCGCCUUCUGCGCAGACUGCGUGUACGUGUCACUGUACUUCUAUGUGCAAGAAGAAACGACACGAUCGAUCUUGCCGCUCGCGCCCUGGGUUCCGUGCAAGCUUGCGAUGCCUCGCCUCUUUCCGGUGCGCUACAAGGACGGGGUUCCCAUGGCCGCAGACAUGGGGUGGCUGCGCAGGGCCAGUUCUGUGGCGGCAACGGGCGCCAGCUGUGCCGAGGAGCGUGCAAGGCUCACCAAACACCUGUCACAAGUCGAACAGCUCGAUGAGGACAUGUGGGCAGACGAUCCAGAAUACCUGACACAUGCUGCAUCUCCCGCGUUCAACCUGGCAGACGGGAUUCAUUUGGAUCUUGGCCUCUAUGACCUCAUGCGCCAGCGCGAGGACAGUGAGUCGGCUGGUUUGCGGCGGUUCUCAGACAAGGUGCUCUUCAAAUCAUGGAUGAUGCAGGAGUCGAUUCCAAUUGCGAAGAUCCAUUACAUGUCAAACGAGUCACCAGAAGUGCUUGCUGUUCUACAAAGUCUACCCUCGCAAAGCUUUGUGGCCAAGCCCACUCACCUGGCUGCGACAAGCUACGUGUACGUGAUAAAGGAUGGCAGGAAUCUUGUGAAUGGCCUCAGUGUGAGCCAUGAGGAGAUCGCGUCUGGCCUCAAGGAGGCAUGGAAUGACAGGCACUUGGACGACUGGGCGACAGAAUCCACUCGGCCUGGCGUGCUUGUCGAGGAGUUGGUCGAGACUUCGGGCAAACAGGGUACUCCAGAUGAGCUGAAGUGCCAGACAUUUUGGGGAAAGCUGUUCUUUUGUGAGUGGACUUUCGUGCAGAACAUGUCGUCUGGGGAGGAGGGCGCUGCACGAUUUAAUGAUGCAAACCAGCAGGGAGACCGCGCGCAACCUGCUCUGGGGCACCAGGCUUGUGGAAUUCCAAACUUUGCCUCCAACGGAUACAUCUUUCGGGAUGGCAGCUGCCUGGACUGUGUUGCACGGCCGCCGCUCACGGGCAAGGCUUGGAAGCAGUUGGUGCUGACGGUGGAGAAAAUUGCACGAGGCAGUGACCACAUCCGCAUCGACGUUUUUGUUCCAGGAGGCAACAACCACAGCAUAGCAGAAGCAUCACUAUCAGCACCCCGCAAACAUCACACCAGCCCUGCGCUGAGCAUGCCUACAAUGGAUCGUUCCAACAAGGUUGCUGCAUGGCUGCUCGACUUACUUCCCCAGGAGUCCAAGAAGACAUGGAACAGUGCCAAACAUGUGUUCAAUUUCCCCACAACCUGGACAGGUGAUCAGUUCCUUGUGAAUGAAGCCAACAUCAGCUGCUUGGAAUGCACGAUGUCUUAA